AUGGGAAGCAUUUCUGCCUAUCCAGCCGACACGCUCCCGGCUCUCAAGAAGCCAUGGAUCGAGACGCCGCUGGUCGAAUCGGCCGCCCUCUCCCGCUUAGCCGGGUGUAGGAUGUUUCUCAAGCUGGAGAAUACCCAGCCGAGCGGAUCGUUCAAGUCCCGCGCCAUGGGCAACCAGAUCCUCUCCCACCUGGCCAACCCGGCGUACCGGGGCAGACCGAUUCACUUCUAUGCUUCGUCCGGUGGAAACGCAGGGCUAGCUGCUGUGUGUGCGGCACGGAGCCUGGGAUACCCAUGCACGGUGGUCGUUCCGGUCUCUACCAAGCCGCUCAUGGUGGAAAAGCUACGGUCAGCCGGUGCUGUGGACGUGAUUCGACACGGAGAGACGUUCGCGGAAGCCGGAAAAUACAUGAAGGAGGUGGUGAUGAUGAAUAAAUAUAGGCAUGCCUCCACCGAUGAAGAGGGGGAGGAAGAGGAAGCGGAAGCAGUGGUCAAGAUCGCCCUCCAUCCGUUCGACAAGGAGUCCAUCUGGGAAGGAAACAGCACGAUCAUCGACGAGCUGGAGAAACAGCUGCCACCGCCCCUCGGGGAAGAGGAGAGAGCCGCUUACAGCGAUCGUGCAAUGGCUGCCGAUGCUAUAAUCUGCAGCGUGGGCGGCGGGGGUCUUCUAAACGGGUUGAUCAUGGGUCUCGAGAGGAUCACACAUGCACAGACAAAAUCAACACCAAAGGCUCCGACGAGUACCUCAUACGACUCCGCUAUUAAUAUCCUCGCCAUCGAGACGGUAGGCACCGACUCGCUGGCUCUCGCUCUGGCCCAGAAGUCCCUCGUCUCUUUACCGAAAAUCACCUCCCAGGCCACUUCGCUUGGUGCCGUCUGCGUCUCGGAGCGGACCUUCUCAUAUGCCCUGUCACCUCCGGCGGGGAUUCGAGUCCAUAGUACCGUCUUGUCGGAUGCAGACGCCGCCAGGGGGGUUCUCAGACUGGCCGACAGCGAAAGGACGCUUGUUGAACUUGCAUGCGGCGUCUGCGUAGAAGCCGCGAUCGGCGAUUCAGCAGCAGCACCCAUGUCGGCAGGCCGUCGUGCACCUCCCGACGAGGGAUACGGCGACGACCGGUCCUCCUCUACGGAGAACGAGAUCGAGUCAGACCUGGACGCACAGGAUCCCCUGCCAGCUGCUGAUGCGGUGGCACUCACGUCGAAGCUGAGGCAGCUGGUGCCUGGUCUGGGCCCGCAAAGCAGAGUGGUCAUCAUUGUCUGUGGAGGGAGCAAUAUCACGAUCGAGAUGGCGGCGGAGUGGAGACAGAUGCUCGAACAGGGCUGGCAAUGA